AUGAAUCAAGCUAAACGACAAAUGAGUGUUGAUAUGUCAUACGAAGAAGAUACAAAAAAAUUACGAACAUCUAAUGAAGAUAAAUUUAUAAAUUGUUUUGAAAAUUUAUCUAAUGAACUUUUCUAUGAAAUAUUUGAUUAUCUUGAUGGUCGUGAUAUAUUCUAUGGAUUUUCAAAUUUAAAUUCACAUUUUGAAAGUCUUAUUAUGAGUUCAAGAUUAUUAUUAAAAAUUCAUGAUUAUACUUCAUGUAAACAAUCAUUUGAACAUGAUUAUCAACGAAUAAUUUUACCUAAUAAACAUCGAAUUUUUUCACUUCAUCUAUUAAAUGGUUCACAAUUGAUAAGAUAUUCUACAUUUCAUACUUUCGAUUCAUCAUUUUAUCGACUUGAAUCAUUGAUACUUCAUGGAAUUAAAUUCAAUGAAAUUAUAUCAUUUCUUCCAAAUUUAACAAAUUUACCUCGUCUUUUUUCAUUAAAUAUUCAUCUUGAUGAUGUUUUAGAUGAUUCUAAUAGAAUCUAUCAUUUAAUUUUUCGUUUACCUAUGUUAAAAUAUAAUAAACUUUCAGUCAACAAAAUUAUUUUACAAGAUUCAAUAUCAAGUAUUUCUAAUGAACAUUUUUCUUCUAUAAAACAAUUAGUAAUCAAUUAUCCUUGUACACUUUAUAAUUUAUAUAAUAUUCUUUCAUAUACAUCAAAACUUCAUCAUUUAACAUGUGAACCUUUAUUUUCAAUAAAUGAAAAUAUUUCUCGAGAAAUUCCAUUAAAAUUAUUUAAUUUAACAUAUUGUUCAAUAUCACAAUGUUAUUUAAAAUUUAAUGAAUUUGAAAUAUUUAUUAAACAAAUAUCAUCUCAAUUACGAAUUUUACAUUUUAAACCAUGUUCAGAUAUUUUCUAUCUUGAUGCUGAUCGAUGGCAACAAUUAAUAUUACAAUAUAUGCCUUAUUUACAUACAUUUCAAUUUAAAUAUUAUGAUGGUAUUUCUGGUCAUUUUGAAAUUCAAUCAUAUCAUUCAUUUCUUAAUCGAUUUAUUUCACCAUUUUGGAUUGAAAGACAAUGGUUAUUAGAUAUUCAAAUUGAUUUAAAUCAUUGGCCACCUGUUGAAAUUAUAUUUUCUAUUCAACCGAAGAGAAAACAAUGGAAUGAACUAUUAAUCAGUUAUGAAAGAAAUAAUGUAACGUUUAAUCAAAUAACUGAUGUUAACUUAUCAGAUCAAGAAUAUAUGCAUAUUUUAAAUUCAAUGUCUCAAUUAACUGUUCGUAAUUGUCGUUUUAUACAAUAUGAUCAAUGGUUUAUCGAUUGUAUUCAUUUUAUCUCUUCUUUAGCAGAAAUAACUUGUUUAUAUAUUGAAUUUCAAUAUUUUUCUAUUGAUAUUAUUAUUCAAUUUUUAUAUCGAUUACCUCAUCUUAAUUCAUUGACAAUAGUUAUUAUGUUUUCAAAUCAAAAAAUACAAUUAACUGAAGAACAAAUUAAUAUGAUUCAUACAAUAUCAAAUAUGAAUCAAAUAAUUAAAAUGAAUAUUGAACAAAUAUUUGAAUUAAAUCAAAUUGAUAUUCUUAUUAAUCUUUGUCCUCGAAUGAAAUAUUUAAAUGUACAAUGUAAAAAUUAUAUCGAUUUAGAAUAUAUCAUUCGUUUAAUAUUAAUGAAAAAAAAUUCUAAUCUAUAUUUUCUAUGUUUUUCAAUUCCAAAUGCAGAUGAACGAAUGGUGAAAAGAUUACAAACAAUGAUUGAUUUAAAAGAAUUACUUGUUAAUUAUACAAUUCAACAUUGUCAUAAUAAAAUUUAUUUACAACGACAAAAAUAUUGA